AUGGGCGCCGGCAAGAGCAGAGAUUAUCUCAUGGCUAUCCCGAAGGGAUCACUACUCUUGGUCGACGGAGAGGCUACCCUGAACGUCAAGGAGGACGCGGAGGGCCGGAAGUUUUCCACCCUCAACGUUGUGUCAAAACAAUUCGAUGUCAUCACCCGAUCCAAAACUGACGAGGCAGCCGAAAGCUCCGAGGACGCUGAGCAGAUCGAGUCGCAGUAA